AUGAGAAAAAAGCCUUUUAAGGAUAACGGAAUAUAUCUAGAAAAACAUGCAAAAGCAUUGUUAGAUUAUUAGUAAACAUCAGAUGAAGAAGAUGCCAAUACUUAAUCUAAAUAUCGAAUCAAAGCUAUCAAAUAUAAAAAUAAUCUCUUAGAAUCAUAAGAAGUAAUCAAAGCAUUAAAAAUUGAAAAUUAAGAAAGUGUAAUUGAUAAGAAUUUAUAAAUUAGAAAAAAAUUAUAAGUGAAUUACUCUUAGAUAUUGAAGAAAUGAAAGAAAAAGAAAAACAACUAGAAUCUGAAUUAAAAGAAUAAAAAUAACUAACAUAAUCAGCAAUUGAAUAAUUGGAACAAGAACUCUAAGAAUCUGUAGAAGAUAGAUUAUUGUAAGAACAAAAGCAAUUCUAAGAAAAGCUCACUAUCUAAUCUAAUGAGGCUAUAGAAAAACUCAAGAAACAUUUUGAUGAAUAACUUCAGAUUAUUGCAUAAACACCAAAAGCUACUGCACCACCUUCCAAAAAGAAAAAGAAAAAAUAAACCUCAUCUAGUACAUCUAAUUUAAGACCAUAAAGUUAAAAUACAGGAAGAUCUCCUGCUUCAGUUUCCAAGAAAAAAAAAAAAUGAUAAACAUAAAUAAAAUUAUUUAUUAUU